GGGCGCGCGCUGAAAGGGCCCCAGGCGUUGGCAUUCGCUGGACUGGCCGUUGGCUGAGCGCGGCCCCUGAGCAGGUCGGUGGGCGCCAGGCUCGCUCAAAGGCCAGGCCUGUCCGGGGACAGCAAGAGAGAUUGGGCAGGCCGUGAGUAGCUGAGAACUCCGCGCAAAGAUGGCUGACAAAGGCAAAAAGCCCAAAGCGGAUGCGGCGGCGGCGGCAGCGCCGGCGGCCCCAGCGCCGGGGGCGGCGCCCCCUCCUCCAGACAAGAAAGAGGAGGAGAAACCAAAGGAAAAGGAGGUGGAGCCCAAGGAUGAAGUGGGCACGAGGAAAGGAUGUCGCCGCUACAGGUGGGAACUCAAGGACAGCAAUAGAGAGUUCUGGGUUAUGGGGCACGCCGAGGUCAAGAUCCUGAGCUUGGGCUGCCUAUUAGGUGCAAUGGUAAUGUUCACGGGGACCGUCGUGCACCCCCUCCUGACACUCGUCAUCACCAUGGAGGUUUCCGUCUUGUGCUUCUUCUUCAUUAUCCACACCUUCGCCAUCCAGAGAUACUUGCCCUUCAUCCUGUGGCCCAUUACUGACCUUCUCAAUGACCUGUUUUGCUGUAUUUUCCUUGGGGGGACCGUGUUCUUUGCUUUGACCACUCGAAAAACCAUGCCAAUGAACUAUGUAAUUGCUGUGGUCCUUAUUGGUCUGGCUGGACUUUUUGCUUUCAUUGAUAUAUGUCUUCAAAGAAAACACUUCAAAGGCAAGAAGGUCAAAAAGAAUGUGCUGGUUCCUCCAGCAAAGGAGCAAGCAAAGGAACCGGAGGGUGAAAAGCCAAAGGAAGAGGCAAAACCACCGGAAACAGAAGCAGACAAGGCAAAGAAAGCGGAAAAGCCAAAGGAAGCGGAAAAGCCAAAGGAAGCGGAAAAGCCAAAGGAUAAGGGGAAGGGAGGCAAGAAAUGACGUGAAGGAGACGCCUGCCGUCAGAAAUGGUGGCACAUUUUACGACAAAACAUAGUUCCGCUGUCUUCCUUGUCUUCUUUCUAGAAUGGUUUUCUUUUCCGUUUUAAUAAUCACCUUGGCUUGGAAAAGAAA